AUGGAGAGUUCCACCAAACCCCUCAACACUCUGGUGGAGUACCGCGGGACCCAGUACAACGUUGUCAAGGAGGGUCUUGCCCAUAUUCUGAACCCGCCAGCCCAGGAAGCCGCUUCCAAAGGAACCAAGAAAGACCUCAAGGCCGACGAUGAAAGCCAAUCUGUCUUCUACAACCCAAUCCAGCAAUUCAAUCGCGACCUGAGUGUCCUGGCUAUUCGUGCUUAUAGUGAGCACGCGGCAGAUUUGAGAAGACAAAGGACCGAGCAGAAGCAGAAAAAACGCAACUCUGGGAAUGAUGUCGCAAAAGGGAAGAAGCGGAAGCGCGAGGACGACUCUGACGACCCCGCCCCGAGACCCGCUGUGGAGGGAGAGAUCGAAAAGAAACCAGAGACGAGCGAGCAGCCUAUCUCUGUAUCAAACGGAAAGCAAGAAGCCCAGCCAGAAUCGGCCGUUCCAGCGUCUUUUACGGUUCUAGAUGCCCUGUCCGCGACAGGUUUGCGCGCCCUUCGGUAUGCCUCGGAGCUACCUGUGGUCACUAAAGUGGUCGCAAACGACUUGUCUUCCUCGGCAAUUCAGUCUAUGAAAACAAAUAUUGACUAUAAUGAGCUGAACAACCGUAUCCAACCUAAUCUGGGAGAUGCGCGCUCAUACAUGUAUAGUCUGGAAGGUUCUGUGAAGAGAUUCGAUGUGAUUGAUCUGGACCCCUACGGCACAGCCGCGCCAUUCGUGGAUGCCGCGGUACAGGCUGUGAAGGAUGGAGGCCUUCUGUGUGUAACCUGUACCGAUGCCGGAGUUUGGGCUUCGACCGGCUAUGCCGAGAAAGCGUUUGCCCUGUACGGUGGAAUUCCAAUCAAAGGCUACCACUCCCACGAGGGCGGGCUGCGCCUUAUUCUCAACAGUCUCGCCAUGUCAGCCGCCAAAUAUGGCAUGCAGAUAGAGCCUCUUCUUUCUCUGUCGAUCGACUUCUACGCCCGUGUGUUCGUGCGUGUCUCGCGCUCCCCGGUAAAUGUCAAGUUCAAUGCGAGCAACACAAUGGUGGUGUACAACUGCGAUUCAGGAUGCGGGGCGUGGACCACUCAACCCAUUGGCGCAGCGAGACAGAAGCCUGACCGCAAGGGAAAUCCUGUCUAUCACUAUAGCCUGGCCCAGGCACCGACAGCUAGUCCCAAUUGUGAACACUGCGGCUUUAAGACUCACUUGGCGGGCCCCAUGUGGGCUGGGCCUCUACACAACCCUCAUUUCAUUCAGAGAAUCCUCAACAUGCUUCCUAACCUCGAUCCCGAGGUCUAUCAAACAAUCCCCCGCAUUGAAGGCAUGCUGACUACUGCCAUGGAGGAGGAUCUGGACCUCACCCCCUCCACUACCAACGCACCCACGAGCGACGAGCCUGAAAAUGCGCAGCUCCGUGAGCAGGCAGCCAAUUAUCCGGCUAUUAUUCCCCGAAUGGAUCCAGCCAUUCGUGACCCGCAUCCUUUCUUCUGCAACCUCAGCAGCCUCUCCAAAGUCCUUCACUGCUCCACUGUUCCAAUCGACGAAUUCCGUGGCGCUCUACGGUCCAUCGGCUACCGCUCCACCCGUAGCCAUGCGAAGCCCAACUCCAUCCGCACCGAUGCCCCCUGGAGCGUCAUCUGGGAGGUCAUGCGAGAAUGGGUUCGCCAGCAUUCCCCCGUCAAAGAGGGUUCCUUGAAGCCCGCGACUGCCGGUGCUGCGAUCAUGGCCAAGAGCCGGGAUAACCUCCGCAAAUUCGAUGGCGAGGACCCCUGGCUAUCCCAGUUGAAGAAGGAUCUGUUGACAGCUAUCGAAUCUGGACGGGACGUCAGUGACUUGGUCACCAAGGUCGAGGCCUCGCUCUAUCGUUCUGGAUCACGACAGGUCUGGAAGAAGCCAGAAUUGUCCUCGGAUGCAUGUGCCGCUGAGCUGGAAUCUGGUCCACAAGCGGACAGCGCUGCGCCUACAGCCACCUCCGAGCGCCCACACCCUAGCACUUUGGAAGUCAAGUUUGACGCUACACUUGGGCGUCAAGCGUCGGCCACACACUCGAAGAAGCGUCUUGUGCGGUAUCAGAUCAAUCCCCGUGCCAAUUGGGGCCCUCUCAAUCGUGCUGCGGCGAACUCGAAGUGA